AUGGGCAAGGGGAAGAUUGCUGCUCAAGUGGUCAGUCAUUGGGAGAACACAGGGUGUACAAAGGUCGUUGUCAAGACUCCUGACGAGCAAACAUUACUGGAUGUGAGGCAACAUGCUAGGGAGUUAGGUCUCAACACUCACGUUGUGAGGGAUGCUGGACGCACUCAGAUCGCACCAGGCUCUAAGACAGUGCUCUGUAUUGGACCAGGUCCAGUGGAAAAGGUGGACACGACAACAGGACACCUUAAACUGUUAUAGCCGUAGAAUAUAAUAACAGUACUACAUGUAUUUAUUUUGUGACUUUUUUAUGUGAAUUUUACAUUGGAAAGAAUAUUAAUAUUAACA